AUCAGUAACACCUCAGACGAUUUUUUCGAAACUGUUUGGUUCGGGAACCCUAUCAAAGGAAGAUUGAGGACUUUUGCUUGUCGCACUGUAGUCAACACAAUGGCGAGAAUGCUUGACAGCCUUGUGAAGAAACAACUCGAGCGAGUUAUGAUACCACAACCACUACAUGUCUUUUCCCAAGGCAAGUGGUUAUCUAAAACUGGCCCAUGGCCAUCCACAACGACCCAGAGCUUGAAGACGGAAUACCUGGAUCAGCUACACCUCAUAUCUUGGAACAUCGACUUCCAAACUCCAUAUCCCCGAGCUCGGAUGGCCUCAGCCUUGAAAUACAUCGAAGGCCUUGUAGCCCAGGUGCCAUCUUCGUCUGCUAUUUGUAUAUUCUUUCAAGAGAUGAGGGAGGUGACUGGGAACCGAGAACCGGACAUCGAACAGCAGGCAAAUGAUUUAAGCCAGAUCGCCAACGCGUCCUGGGUCCAAGAGAGAUUCCACAUGACGGAUCUGGACCUCUCUAACUGGGCCUCUCACUACGGUCAAGUGACCUUGAUUGACCGAAGGCUCAGCGUGGCUCAGGUAUCACGUGUAGAGCUUGUCAGCGAGUUCCGACGAGAUGCUUUGCUCGUUGAUAUCCGGCUCGGCGAAGGAGAAGACGUUCUCCGCCUUUGUAAUGUUCACUUGGAUUCUCUUACUGGGAAUUUAAGACCUGUUCAGUGGAAAGGGCUGGCGAAAUUACUUCAAGAUAAGGAAGGAGGAGUUGCUGGAAGUCUGUUGGCAGGAGACUGUAAUGCAACCCAAACACGUGAUAGGACCGAACCGCAGCAAAACGGCUUCAAAGACGCUUACCUCGAAUUAGGCGGCGAAGAAGGUGACGAGAACGGUGCAACUUGGGGGUUUCAAAGUCGUUCCGGGAAGCGGUUCGGACGCCAACGCCUCGACAAAGUCGCUACAUGGGGCGUUGUACAAGCAAGAGGGUUAGAAAGAAUUGGUGCAGGCGUAUGUGUGGAAGAUGAGGUUUUCGCAAAGGCUCUUAUAGAAGAUACUGGCUUCCCCUUCGUCACAGAUCACUAUGGGUUGAUGUGUACUGUUGACGUGCACGGUGGAAUGAAGUCGACGGGGAGCUUGCCUUGAAUGGAAAAUAUCCUGUGGAUGAUUAGGACACUGCAGAUCUAAUUCCAAGAGAUAAAGUCCAGAACCAUUCGGUACAAUUGAAGUCGCAGUUUAACAGCUGUAUUAUAAUGAGUCUGACGUUGAUCAAAGUGCAUCAAGGCCUGACUCGGCAAAAG